GUAAGGCCUCAGUCUGUGCUAUAUUAGUAUGCGUACAGAAUCCCUCGCGUAGCCUUAACACAGCGAUCUGACAACAAGCCGGCUCGACAACCAAAACAAAUGGCCGCCAAACCAUCCAACUCUCCCAAACAGGGGAGGCCGAACUGCAUGAAGAGGUGUAGUAACGUCUUCGUCUCGGCGCUAGAAGGAUUCUUCUACAGGCUAGGUAAGCUGGUUGCCGGCUACCCAUGGCUGACCAUCCUGCUGACCUUGCUCCUGGGCGGGUCCCUAAGUGCCGGGAUGGUCAAGUUUUACCAGGAAAGCCGCUCGGAGAAGCUGUGGGUUCCGUACGGCUCCCAGGCGCUGGAGCACCAGAACUGGGUCUCCGAGAAGUUCCCGGCGAAGUUCCGCUUCGAGUUCCUGCUGAUCGAGGCCGACAACGUGCUGGUGCCGUCCGUGCUGCAGGCGAUGCUGGCUUUAGACACGUCGAUAAAGAACGUCUCUACUGAUGCGACCAACUGGACAUCGAUAUGCUAUCAGCUCGGCCCUAACUGUUGGUCCAGCAGUCUGCUGGAGUUGUGGAGUUUUGACGAGACGACCAUCAACGGGCUGUCACAGCAGGACGUGCUGGACAAGGUCAACCAGAACAACCUCAUGAGCCCCGUGACGUUCCGGCCGUACGAUGUUGAGGCCGUGCUGGGAGAAAUCCAGCGGGACUCCGGUGGUCAAAUCUCCGGCGCCAAGGCCACCACCAUGCUGUAUGGCGUGAAGGACCAGAGCGUGGAAAGACAGGGACAAAGGGUUGAUGACGUCAGGAGCGAGUGGGAGAAGGGGUUCCUGGAGGUCGCCCAGAAGGAGAGGUCAGAUGGGGUCACGGUCACGCCUUAUGCAACAAGAAGUUUUGGAGACGAGGGAGGAGGAGCCAUCCAGAGUGACCUGACCCUGCUGUCCGCUGGCUACUUCCUCAUCAUCGCUUAUGUCGCCAUGGUGCUCGGAAAGUUCAACUGCAUCGAACAAAAGAUCUACGUGUCGCUGAUGGGCGUGCUGUGCGUGGGGCUGUCCAUCAUCGGGUCCAUGGGGAUCUGUUCUGCCGCCGGAGCCGCGUACGGACCGGUCCACUCCAUCCUGCCCUUCCUCAUCCUGGGAAUCGGUGUAGACGACAUGUUCGUGGUGGUGAGCGCGUGGAACAACCUCUCCCCGGCGGACAGGAAACGGGGCAGGCGCGAGCAGGCGGCGCUGGCGCUCAAGCACGCCGGCGUCUCCAUCACCGUCACUUCCAUGACGGACGUGGUAGCGUUCGGCGUCGGGGCAUCCACGAUCCUGCCAGCCCUGCAGUCGUUCUGUAUCUACGCGGCCGUCAGUAUUUUCCUGGUCUUCGUGUACUCCUGUACCCUGUUCUUCGCCGUCAUGUGCCUCGACUUUCAGCGCUGGGAGGGCCGGCGGAACGCAUGUUGUUGCUGCUAUGUACACAAGCCCGACUACCGCCCGACUGAGUGCUCACAGAAAGAUCGUCUGCAACUUUUCUUUCAAAAGAUCUACGCACCCGGUCUGCUGACCAUUCCUGGCAAGAUCGUGACACUAGUCGUGGUGUCCGCCAUCUUGGGGGUCAGCAUCUGGGGCAUGGUCAACCUGCGGCAGAACUUCGACUCCACCUGGUUCCUGCCGGAUGACUCCUACCUCAAGCUGUACCUGCAGAAAACGGAGACGUACUUUCCUGAUGACGGAUUCGAAGUGGAUAUUUAUGUUGGAGACAUAGACUACUAUGGAGAGAGGGCGAAACUCCACACGUUGUACCAGAGGUUCGAGGCCGACAGUUACGUUACAGAUGGCACGGUGACCAGCUGGUUUGAGGACUACACAACUUGGGUCAAUUCCACCAAAAACUCCACACUACUUGGUGCAGACGGCCACGCCACGGACAGCACCACGUUUCACCAGUGGAUAGUUCAGUUUCUGACCACAGACGCCACGGGAAGGAGCCACUCAGGAGACGUACAGCUCAACUCCACAACCUCUCCCGUUUCCAUCAUUGCGUCCAGACUCCGCGGCACCUACAAGACGCUAAAGGACUCCAGUGAGGAGAUCGAGGCCAUGGACAGUCUCAUCGCCGUGACGGAUUCUGUCGGCUUCUCUGGGGAGGCCUUUCCGUACGCCAGGCAGUUCAACGGCUGGGAGACCAACAAGGUUAUUAAGACGGAGUUAUACCGUAACCUCGGCAUCGCCAUGGCAGCAGUGUUCGUCAUCACGCUACUGCUGCUGGCUGACAUCCUGGGCAGUCUGUGGGUUCUGCUGUGCGUCGUGCUUACACUGGUGGAUGUUGGUGGAAUGAUGCACCACUGGGGCCUCACCAUCGACACUGUGACCACCAACAUCAUGAUCCUCGCCAUCGGGCUGGCUGUGGACUACGCCGCUCACAUCUGCCACACAUUCCUCACCAUCAACGGCACGAGGCAGGAACGAGCUCACGUAGCCCUAGGCAACAUGGGCCCGGCAGUGUUCAACGGGGGGUUCAGCACUUUCCUGGCUUUCGUGCUGCUCGCGACGUCCAACUCUUACGUCUUCAUCACUUUCUUCAAGGUGUUUUUCCUAGUGGUGGUGUUCGGGUGUCUGCACGGGCUGGUGUUCCUGCCGGUGAUCCUGAGCUGGCUGGGCCCGGCUCCGUACGACACGGCCGCGGGACGGGACGAGGAACAGCCCGAAGACGCAGGGUACAUCGAGAAGGUCCAGACAAACGGCUUCGAAAACCCCAGCUUGGAAAUGAACGGGGACGUAAGCACGGUGAUGCCUGAGUUUGUAAAACCGGCAGACUUCAGCCCCAGAGUGACGUCACAGCCUGCUUACCCCGCGGAUAUCCCUCCGCCAGACUAUGACGCCCCGCCGGGUUCACCAAUCAGGAGUGGCCUGGGGUCCACCAACUCCGUACAUGGUCAUGGAGAGGCUGCCAUCCAAUGGGGAUCACGUGGGAAGAUCCCAGCAGUCAGCAACUAACAAGCACCAGGAUUUUCUGCUUUUUUGUUUCAUAUUCAUACCUCUUCAGAUAUUUAUAAGCUAUGACUUUCACAGGUCUUGAAACACCUUUUCGAGAAGUAUUUGAAAAGACCUUUUAUGCCACCAAUGUCCAUAAGACAUUGUUUUGUUUUAUAUUAUACAAUUACAAUAUACAUUGUGUAAUAAUCUUGCCAUUCGUGUUGAAAGUUAACCGAAACCAAAACGUAUUAAAACUGGACUCAGGGCAUAUUGCAUGUACUCUUACCACUACUCAAACUCAGGAUAGAGGCGGCGUAUGCGGGGGCCCGGGCAAAAUAUUGCUGUCUGAAUUUUUAGCAUGUGGAGCAUAUUUUUCUGUGUGACUUCGACCACCACCGCUGCUCUCAUCCUCCUGUGCCGCCGCCUCUAUUAAGCAGAGACAAUCUAAUACACAAGGAUAGUAUCUACAUUAAACUGUUGCAGUCAGAGAAUAGAAAGAAACUUUACCUCAUUCGAUCGGGUAACCAGGGUAUUAUGAAGAUCAUUGUUGUAUUCCGUUUUGUACAAAAGCACUUCAUAAGCCACUGUGAAAACCUUUUUGGACUCAGUCCGAACCCAAUUUUCACAAAGUUUAGCAUUUCAAGACCUUAAUAGUGCAUAAAAUGCGUAGAUACUACAUAUUCUAACAUAGGUCACAUUGAAUAUACGAAUACGUCUAAUGUAUUAUUAUUGACUUGUACUUUUCCAUCACAAUUCAUGCACCAGUUUCCUAAUAUUGCUGUCUAAAAAUCACGCAUUUAAUACUUAUUUUGACCUACUUAAGUAACUACUAAUAUAAAACAUUGAAUAGGUCUACUUUUUGUUGCCGGUCACUUGCUGCUACGAUUAUAAAAUGUACAGAUAUGGAUUUGUAUGUUGAUGUACAUGUAUAUAUUACAAGAGGUUGUAUAUAUUAUGAGGCUCGUGUGAAGUGAUGUAAGGUGUUUAGCAAGCUGUUGACUCUCUAACAUUUGCACGAAUGUAUUUCAAAUAUAUAUUUAUGUCUAUUUUGCCUCUGGUGCACCUUAAUGCAUGUAUACAUGAAUUUUCGUGCAACCAAGAAUAUAUCUAAAGGGUCAUAUUUGCAGAAAUAAAACAUAUAUAACAUGCAG